UGGAAAGGGAAAAAAUACAAAUCAAGUACAAGCAAUUUAACAUGGGAAGAAAUUGUCUUAAGAGUAGUUGUUAUUUUUAAUUCCUUUGCUUUCCAAACUGGCAAUGAAGUAAAAACAACUUUAAGUCACGGUUAAAUCUUACUGAGGCAAAGAGUGAAGAGCAGGUACUGGAACAUGUUGUCUGAGUAUACUUGUCACCCAGUUUCUCAUAUAUAUACUUCUAAGUGUGUCACAAGAUAUUGCCCAUUCAAAUAUACUGUAUAAGAUAACAGCCGUUCAAAAACCAUUACGUUAUUAGAAGGCUGUGCCAAAUAUGCCUGUGAAACUGACCAGACCCAGUGAAAGUCAUCAGUAAAAGAAAUUAUUUACAUUGAUUGGUUAUCGCAGUUCAUACGUUCUCCCCUGCUGUUUGCCGUAAGGACCAUUCAAAAGAUUUUGUUGAUAGAUAACUCUGAGUUUUUAACUUUACCAUGCUUCCCUGCUCAGUAGUUGUCAGAGUCCAGAAACUUUACUCUCAUUCCUUAUUCUCCCUGUACUAUGAGGUUCCUUUGGUUUUCAUCUUCUACCCGACUGUAGAAGAUACAGUGGAUUGUCCUUUGCAAGUUCUGCCAUCUUCAAUGUGAUUCCAUCCCUUCCCUUUCAGCAGUCCCUUUGUGUCUUUCUGGUCUGCUUUUUCAUCCCUAGAAAGUACACGUUUUAUGAAACUUUCUAUAGAACUACAGUAGAUAUUACACCUUUUUAGCCACAUAGCGACUGACAGUUCUUCCAGGAGGACCAGUGAUUCACUUGGAUUUCUUUUAAUCUGGCUUAUUGUAUUCAAUUUUCAAGUUGUGAUCUCCUUUGGAGAAAACAGUUGCAGAUACUGGACUGAACGCAGCAUAAGAAAUAAAAUGGAUGAUCUUGAAAUUCAGCUAUAGAUUGGCAAGUAUGACGUCGCGGCCAUCUCUGAAACUUGGUUAAAGGGCGGCUGCCAUUGGGAGUUGAAUGUCCAAGGAGAUACGGUGUAUCGGAAAGUUUUCACCAUAUGUUAAUGUGAAGAGUGAACAGUAAAUGGUUAAUCUUACUGCGAUCUGGUUUCAUUGACUGUGGUUUAUCUCGACGUUGAAUUCGGCGUUAUUAGUACACCCGAAGGAGAACGUUACAGUGAAAAAGCGGCAUUAUCAGGUGUUUCAAGUGCUGCAAUGUCAGCUCGAUCCGGCAUCAAGUCGAUGGCGCCCAGCGACAAGGGCAGUAGAGCGACAUCAAGUAAGUCCACCCAGGCAAGAGCCAGGGCAGAAGCCGCCAAGGUGCGACUGCGCUACGCCAGACAAGAAGCAGUUUUGAAAAUGAAACAGGCCGCCAGAGAAGCCGAAAUCCAGAAGGAAAGGGCCACCAGACAAAGUAAAGCGGCCGCCAGAGAAGCCGAAACACAGGCGAAAAUCCAGAAGGAAAGGGCCGCCAGACAAAGGGAAGCGGCCACCAGAGAAGCCGAAACCCAGUUGGAAAUGGCAAAAAUAUCGACAGAGUUGCAAGUGCUGCAGCUAGAAAGAGAAGAAGAAGCUGCCAAGGCGGAAGCAGAGUACAUAGAAGAAGCUGAAGGGUCGCAUGAUCUGACCGAAGUAAGAUCUACUUUAGAAAGGACCAGAUUGGAACGCACAAGCGACUAUGUACAAUCUCAAAUAGACAGGCAGGCUCGUCUCUCCUCUCCAUACGUAUUCGAUAACUUCCCCAGCUACGAGGAACCUCAGAGAGGCACGAUUGCAUCACAUCCAUACGAGGAAGACAAUUUACCCUUGCGACUCCGUGAUGAAGUCAAGAACGAAAGAGCUGACAACCGAUACUUCUCGACACCAAACUUACAAAGUUUGAUGCGAAGAGACGCGGAGGUCGAAUCCAGGAUGGCAAAUUCCAUGAGAAAUGUACGCUCUCAGUCAUAUAGGCGCCAACGUACUUCUCCAGCCCGCAUGCCGCUUACAGCUGAUCCCACGAUGCAGUAUUUAGCACGACGGGAUCUCGUCACUUCGGGACUGUACCAGUUUGACGAUAAACCUGAAAAUUACCGUGCAUGGUACUCCACAUUCACCAACGCAAUCGACGGAGUCCAGCUCAGUGCAACCCAAAAGUUGGACCUUAUGGUGAAAUGGCUGGGGAAAGAAUCACGCGACCAGGUGAGACGCAUACGUUCAGUGUACAUCAACAAACCCGAGCUAGCUUUAAGCAAAGCUUGGGAGAGACUUCGGGAGGGCUAUGGGGCCCCCGAAAUUAUUGAAGCGGCGCUAUAUCGACGUCUGGAAAACUUUCCUAAGGUGUCAGCCAAAGAUCACGUUAAGUUAAGAGAAUUCGGAGAUUUACUCAUGGAGAUCCAAGGCGCCAAAGAAGACGGCUACUCAGCUGGUCUAGUAUACCUAGAUACUCCAUCCGGGAUUAGACAAGUCGUGGACAAACUUCCAUUUGGGCUGCAGGACAGGUGGCUGUCCGUUGCUUUAGAUUACAAGGAAGACCACGAUGAUCGAUUUCAUCCCUUUAAGCUCCUCACUAGGUUUGUGUGCAGGGAGGCAAAGAAGCGAUACGACCCUAGCCUCGCGGGCCCAGGAAGCAGUACGAUUUACACCAAGCCAGGUGGAUCCUCUUCGAAUGUUCUCAACAUUGAUAAACCCGUGUCAGUGCUCAAGACCGAAGCCCUUACAACUAACAACGACCCUGGCAAGUAUUGUCCAUUGCAUAACAAACCUCACCCCCUCAAAGGAUGCAGAAUGUUUAGGGAAAAACCCCUUGCAGAGAGGACGGCCCUUCUCAAAGAGAAAAGAAUAUGUUUUAGAUGCUGUUCCUCAACCUCUCACCUCGCCAGAGAGUGUACGAUCGCCGUGAAGUGUCCGGAAUGUGAUAUCACGGAUCACAUCGGGGCCAUGCAUCCCGACCUGUCACCGCAAACCGACAAACCCUCCUUCACCCCCACAACAGGACGGCGGGGAGGGAGAGGCUCACUCCAGGACAACAAUUGUCAGCUCGAACUGUACAGAAGUUUGCGGUCAAGCUCAGUCAAGCCAUUCUUGUUCCAAGAUCUGCCUCACUAAGGUGUACCCUAAAGGAGCCAAAGACAAGGCCAUCAAAGCCUAUGUGAUUCUGGAUGUUCAGAGCAAUUGCUCACUAGUCAGUCCAGAGUUCUUUAAAUUGUUCAACAUUGAGAGUGAGCAGUUCCCAUACUACCUCAAAACUUGCUCAGGCAACAUGGAAACCCAAGGAAGGAAGGCAGAAGGCAUCCAGAUCGAGUCCCUGGAUGGUAAAGUCGUCAUCUGUCUCCCUCCGCUCUUAGAGUGCGAUGGAAUCAUGAAUAACCGCACUGAGAUCCCGACACCAAGUGCGGCGCUACACCAGCCACAUCUCCACCACAUCGCCAAACACAUCCCAGAACUGGAUCCAAAAGCGGAAGUACUCCUGCUAUUAGGAAGAGAUGUAAUCCGGGUAUACAAGGUUAGGCAGCAGGUCAAUGGACCACACGAUGCCCCCUUUGCACAACGCUUGGAUCUAGGCUGGGUGGUGAUAGGAGGGGUGUGCCCUGAAGACGUACACAAACCGAUGGUUAACACACUCAAGACCAAUGUGCUAGAGAGUGGCUGCCAUUCAAUCUUUCAACCCUGCCCGAGUGUCCCGUGCAUUAAGGAAGCACAACAAGACGUUAACAAGCGUAAAGUAACUGACGAGACGCUAGGUCAGUCAGUUUUCAUUCAAACCGAGCACGGAAAUAAACUUGCACAAUCAGCUCAAGAUGCCAUUUCUUUAAAAACAAAGGACACCAAGGUCUUCAGAGAUGAAGCAAAUAAUGGGGUUGCCCCAUUGCCUUUCAGAGAACCACGCCAGCGCUCAUCAGAUAACAAAGAGCAGGCAGUCAAACGGUUCACGUCCUUACGGAAAACCCGGAAAAGGAAACCUGAGAUGCAGCAAUGCACCUGAUUGACUCACGAGGUACUAUGCACCCUAAUGGCAGAGGUCACAGCCAUUAUAAACGCACAACCACUCCUACCUGUGUCUUCUGACCCAGAAAACCCCUUCAUACUUUCGCCAUCAAUGCUCCUUACGCAGAAGGCAGGAGCUUCCCCUCCACCAGGAGACUUCUCAGACGAGGAUUUGUACACAAAGCAACGGAGACAAGUCCAGGCUCUGGCAAAUCAGUUCUGGUCUCGCUGGAGACAGGAAUAUCUACCCUUGUUGCAACAGAGACAAAAGUGGACAGAACCCCGCAGGAAUCUUCAAGUUGGAGACUUAGUCCUGCUCAGGGACAAGCAAAUCGCCCGCAACAGCUGGCCAAUGGCCAGAAUCACUGCUACAUUCCCUAGCGGGGAUGGACAUGUCAGGAAGAUCGAAUUGAAGACUACCGACCAAGGCGAUGUGAAGGCCAGUUACAGAAGUUAUUCUACUUCUACCUAAUGACUGAUUAAGAGACUAAGUUUUGUACUCUGUUCAUUAUGACCUUACGAAGGUCAAGCGGGGAGUGUGCUGUCUUUACGACAGUUAUUUAGUUUAUAAUAGUUUCGCUUAGUAAUUCAUUCGAUAGUAUUUUCUAGUUAGAAUUAGAAGUGUUUAAAGUAUAUUCAUUGCAUGUAAAAUAUAUCGGCAUGUGAUGACGUCACAUCUGGUUUCGCCGCGUCUUGUGGGAAAGUACCGGUUUGAAAUUAACGCGAGGGUGGGGGCUCACCACGAGGCACACCUGAGCAGAAGUUGUUUUGCAGGCAUUAGAAAUCACAGUGAGAGCAACGCUGUAAGUUAAUAGAUAAUCGAUAUAUUGAACUAAGAUGUUAAUGCCGAUCCUGUUAAAAGUAACGACGGUCGAUAAUGUUUAUGCUUUCGUUAGUUAAAGAGUUGCGGAUAGUUUGCAUUGAAGUGUAUUUAAAGUAGUCAAUGGAGCAGGUAAACUCUGCCUGUAUACUGCACCUUAGUGUAAUGUAGUUAUAGUCACCUUUGCAAGUAUUUACAAUUGAAAUGUGAUAUUAAGGAAGGAACAAAUACUGUAUCAAUCUUGUAUUGUUUUAUCAACAGUUUUCACCAUAUGUUAAUGUGAAGAGUGAACAGUAAAUGGUUAAUCUUACUGCG